UGCAAUUCUGCUUUCUUUUACAUAAUUAAGAAAAGAUAUGGAGUUGGAGGAAGAAGAAAUACUAGAGCCAGUGAGCCCUACUGGUCACUACUUCACCAGCUCUGUGUUGUCAGUGUCGAAUCUUGCUGUUUUGGAAACUGAGAUUCCAUUCGAUGAGUCUCAAACCAUGUCUUUGGUUCAGAAUGUCUUCCUCCCAAUCAGCCCCCGCUUCUCCUCUAUCAUGGUUGAAAAUAAUGGGAAGAAACGGUGGAAAAGGGUUGAGGUGAAGCUUGAAGACCAUGUAAACAUCCCUAUUUUCCCACCCAGCCUAUCUCCAGAAGCAUAUGACAAGUAUCUUGACGACUACAUAUCAAAGCUAGCAGUAGAAAGAUUGUCACCAGAAAAACCACUUUGGGAAUUUCAUAUCAUCAAAUACCCAACUAGCAAUGCAGCCGGUAAUGUAAUCAUCAAGCUCCACCAUGCCCUAGGGGAUGGCUUCUCUCUCAUGAGUGCUCUUCUUUCUUGCCUGCAACGAGCUGACGAUCCUCGUCUUCCCCUAACUUUUCCUUCAAGGCAAAGGUCACAGCCAAAGAGUGAAAGUUUGGUGACAAAAGUUUGCUCAUCAGUCUUUAACACCCUGUCAGAUUUUUGGUGGGGGAUUUCAAACAGCACCAUGGAUGAAGAUGAUCUCACACCAAUCAGGUCUGGGAAGGGAAUUGAGUUUCAGCCCAUUGCAGUGUCAACUAUGACGUUCUCUCUUGAUCAAAUCAAAUUAAUCAAGAGUAAACUUGGAGUGACAAUAAACGACGUUCUUACGGGGAUGAUCUUCCUUGGCACUCGACUAUACAUGCAAGAGAUUGACAAAAGUUCAAGAAAAGCACGAGGCACAGCAGUGGUGUUGCUCAACACAAGGAUGAUGGGGGAUUAUACUUCAAUCCAGGAGAUGAUCAAACCCAACAGCAAGAUGCCAUGGGGCAAUCAUUUUACAUUCUUGCAUGUACCAAUACCCAACUUAUUCUUACCUGAAGAUGAUCAUCCUCAUGAAUAUUCAAAUAUUGCCCUUGAAUUUGUCUCCAAUGCACAGAAAAUAAUCAGCACGAAAAGAAACUCUUUAGCUAUUUAUCUCACCAGCAGGUUCUUGGAGAUUCUCAACAAAUUUGGAGGCCAUGAGGCAGCAGCCAAAUACAUUCGUAGCACAUUGAAGAACUCGAGCAUGGUAAUCUCGAAUUUGAUUGGGCCUGUGGAACAAAUGGCUUUGGGUAAUCAUCGAAUUAGAGGCUUAUACUUUUUGGUGUUAGGUUCACCUGAGGGCCUUGACGUGACAAUAGUAAGUUACAUGGGGAAGGUGAGGGUUGCCUUCAAAAUGGAAAAGGGGCUUAUCGAUCCACAAAAGUUCAAGUCAUGCAUGGAAAAUGCAUUUGAGAUGAUACUCAAAGCAUCGGACGCGAAGAACAAUUAAGAAGGAGGCCGCAAUCACUAGUUCACAAAACUUUAAAGCUUUUAUUAUUAUUAUUAUUAUAAUAGAAGUGUGAUUUAUGAUGCUGGAUAUUGCUAUUAACAAGCAGAAUUUGUUAAUGU